AUGAUCAGCGAAGGUGCAGCGGAGGAAGAGACCGCAUCGCUAUACGAACCAUCGUCCAGGAGUAGCCAGGACAGCUCGCAGCCAACAGUAACACCCCGGCGAACCAAGCAACCCCCUCCGAAAGCGCCCACCAAACGAGCACAAACGCUAACGCCAAUGGAGUGCGAAGCUGUACGACAAGGAGUGAAGGCCAAACGAGAUCACACUAAUCAGCAGUUGCAGGAAGCUCCGAAGCAAGCAGACCAGGCCAUGGUGCCCACGCUUCCAACCAAGCCUGUCCGAGAGGCUUGGCCAGAACAAUGGCAACAAAUGCAAUCGAUAUAGCCAUCGACAGCGAGCGCUCCGUUCCCACUUGAACAGAGCACUGAAGAAGAAUGGAUCUUGACGGCAAGAGCGGAACCUACAAUGCUUCUCCACAUGAUCCAACGCUUUGCAUUCCCGGAAGAACUUAUGGCCUCCCUUAGUGACAAGACGCUCAUGGAAUGGACUUCCCAAUGGAGACGAGACUGCGUGCAAGCCAGCCUCAUCGCGUAUCGUAGUCGCUCGGAUGAUCGGGGCACUCUUAGAUGGCUAGAUGACUGGAAGGCGCGGUUUGCCAGAGCGCCGCCAAAUAAUUUAGCUACUCUGGUGGAUAGUAGCGACGAUUGGGUGAAACUCCGGAGUAGAGGCUACGGAAAAGAUGAAGUCCUUAAGUUAUGUGA